CGAGUGCCACGGGAGGAGUUCGAAUCCGUUGCCACGUACUGUAGAGGAUUGCUGGACAACCAUAACGCCCUCGUUGUCGUUGGGCUGCUCAAGUAUGAGAACAACAUGACGCUGAUGAACUGCUCUGUCGAUCGCUUCAAGGAAGACGGAGAUGUCAUCAAGGGAAAAGACCAACUCAUCCUUGUGUGCGGGAUGAGGAGGAUAGAGGUCCGACCAAUCUAUUCAGAGCAGAAAAACAACAGUGACAAGUUCAAACUUCUCCGGUACCUUCCAGCUCGAGGAACGUGCAUAGCAUCCAUGUACGCGCCGGCGAUCUGGCCCCCAGCUCCUGUUCUACUGCUGAAGCGACAAAAGAGCGGAGCACUCACCAUAGUGGCAACAGGCAAAUCAUUGGGCCCGAACGCUAACAGAAUAGUUCUGAAGCGAAUCGUCUUGACGGGACUUCCGUAUAAGAUUCACAAGAGAAAAGCGACUUGUAGAUUCAUGUUCCACAACCCGGAGGAUGUUCGGUGGUUCAAACCCGUCGAGCUCUGGACCAAGGAAGGUCGACGAGGACAGAUAAGAGAGCCGCUAGGCACUCACGGCUACAUGAAGUGUUUGUUUGAUGCUCCUAUCUUACACUCGGACACAGUCUGCAUGUCUUUGUACAAACGUGUAUAUCCUCCGUACCCUGAAAAUGCUGCAAAACAGCUCAAAACCAACGCGACUCCCCAAUAAACCAAGUUACAUCAUG